UAAGGCAGCUGCGGAGAGAACAGAAACCAAGUUCCCCGGCAACGAGCAGCAUCCACCCGGCGGGAGGCUGGAGCCAGCGAGGCCCGAAAGGCUGCGGAGUGAGCCGGCUGCUCUGUGUCCUGCGUGUGCCCCAGUACUCCUCCUCUUCUUCCUGGGCCGUCCAUCCCCAAAUCUCGAGUUGCUUUUUCGACUAGGGAAAGCCUAGGGAGGGGGUUAGGAGCAGCCGCGCCCCCCUCCCCGCUGCCGCCGCCCCUUGCUUUUUCGGCUCUGCUCCCUGCCGCGUGCGUCCGGGCAGUGCGCCUCGGCAGGCCCCAGCCAUGUCGAUGCUGCCGUCGUUCGGCUUUACGCAAGAGCAAGUGGCAUGUGUGUGCGAGGUUCUGCAGCAAGGCGGGAACCUGGAGCGCCUAGGCAGGUUCCUAUGGUCGCUGCCCGCCUGCGACCACCUGCACAAGAACGAGAGCGUGCUCAAGGCCAAGGCCGUGGUCGCCUUCCACCGCGGCAACUUCCGCGAACUCUACAAGAUCCUGGAGAGCCACCAGUUUUCGCCUCACAACCACCCAAAGCUUCAGCAACUGUGGCUGAAGGCUCACUACGUGGAGGCCGAAAAGCUGCGCGGCCGGCCCCUGGGUGCGGUGGGCAAAUAUCGGGUGCGCCGAAAAUUCCCGCUGCCGCGCACUAUCUGGGACGGCGAAGAGACCAGCUACUGCUUCAAGGAGAAGUCGCGGGGCGUGCUGCGGGAGUGGUACGCGCAUAACCCUUAUCCCUCGCCGCGUGAGAAGCGGGAGCUGGCCGAGGCCACCGGCCUCACCACCACCCAAGUCAGCAAUUGGUUUAAGAACCGGAGGCAAAGAGACCGAGCUGCCGAGGCCAAGGAAAGGGAGAACACUGAAAACAAUAACUCCUCCUCCAACAAGCAGAAUCAACUCUCACCUCUGGAAGGGGGCAAGCCGCUCAUGUCCAGCUCAGAAGAAGAAUUCUCACCUCCCCAAAGCCCAGACCAGAACUCGGUCCUUCUGCUGCAGGGCAAUAUGGGUCACGCCAGGAGCUCAAACUAUUCUCUCCCUGGCUUAACGGCCUCGCAGCCCAGCCAUGGCCUGCAAGCCCACCAGCAUCAGCUCCAGGACUCCUUGCUGGGCCCACUCACCUCCAGUCUGGUGGACUUGGGGUCUUAAGUGGGGAGGGACUGGGGCUUUGAAGCAGCAACUAGAGACACUUGUAAAUAGAAAUCAGGAACAUUUUUGCAGCUUGUUUCUGGGGUUCUUUGCGCAUAAAGGAACGGUGGACUUUCACAAAUCUCUUUAUAAAAUUCAAAACCAACAGCGAUUUCAAGCUUAGUCACCUUCUUCUCUCUGACUCUUUCCACUUUUGCAUUUCCCCUCCCAGUGCAGAGAUAAGGAAAAAAGAACAACAACAAAAAAAAAACCCAAACAAACAAAAACACCCAGUCACCCAGUCUUGGUUUUGGGCAACCCAUGUGCCUGCUUCAGUAGCCUUUUGUUUUAUUUUUCCAAUGAAUGGGAAUUACAAAUCAACUGGAUUUUAAUUAUUUCUUUUUAAUUUAUUUAUGGAAAAAUCUUUUGGGAAGGGGAAAAGGAAAAUAGAGAGAGAGAGAGAGCAAAAUAGUGAAAAUAAGAGCCUCCAGCCUGGGAGGAAAUGGUUGCAUUCUUAAGGUGAAUAGGAAAAAUACAAUCUUAUAACUUUUUUUUGAAGGGGAAAAUUAAGUUUACAUUUUUUCAUAUUUAGUGUUAAACAACUUUAUGUAGGUUAAAAUAAAAGAACAGUAUUAGGGGGAAAACAAGUGCCUAAAUGUCUUAAUGCGCUCUCUGUGAGGCAGUUAGAGAUAGAAUUGACCAUUAGUAAUACAACUAUUUUUGUCAAAUUUAGUGGGGUUUUUUGGUUGUUGUUUGUUUUCUUGGGUUUUUUUAUGGCAAACUUUUAAAAUGUACCAAUGUGAAGAAACACUUUCCUGAAUGCUAUUUCUUCUCACGCCCUCGAAGCUUUCAUAUCUGUACCCUACUCCUGUUGAGGGUUUCUCCUGUUCCCAGUUUCUAGCUUGCAAAACAUUUGCGACAAAUCUGGCAACCUGGUAUUUGUUACUAAAACAGCAUGUGUUUUCAGGUUUCUUUUCUAUUGUACCUAAACCAGUCUAAAUUAAAACUUAGUAGAACACCAGGAGUACGAUUCUGUUUCUGAAAGAUGAGUUGUGUAUUGCUGUCAUUGGGCCCUAUUUUUUUUCUUUUUAAUGAAUAGUUUUGUUGGUUUCCUACUUAAUGGUGGUUAUGAAUUGCAGGGUACUUUGAAGGCCAUCACCUGAACCAAGAAUGGUGACUGAGUUAAUUAUAUGACAGAAAAAAAAGUAGCUUUGGGAUAUUUAUUUAUUUUUUUUGUUAUUUAGAUAAUGCAGUUUUGUUUACCACUAGCUCUUCUCCACAGCAUUCAUAUGUUAAGCCAGUUCUUUUGUAUUAACAAGUUUGACAAGACUGUGAAAGUAAAAUGAUUUAUCUGCUUAGAAAAAAAAAAAGGGAGGAAACUUGAAUGAGGAUAGCAACUUUGUGAAUUAACCUGUACAAAUAGAAAGCAGACCAACAGGAUAGGAGCUCUUUGCAGUGCUGCCGGGUAGUUCAGAAAAAUCCCAGUAAUCAAGUAGGCUCCAUAUUAUUUUUGCCUGGGGCAAAAAUGAUGUAUCUUUGUAUUUAGCUUUUAAAAUUAGUGAAACAAAUGGCAUUAUUUAUUAAAAUUCUACUCAGGAUAACAGGAUUGGCUUGCUUGUGCUUUGUAAAAUAUUGUUCCCCAGAGGGAGUCUAUUUAUUUUCUGACAUGACAGUUUCAUAAUUUUGUUUUUUCCCUAUCCGUAUUACCAUUAAUAUAAUAAUUUCUUUUUUCUUACUUUUUCCUAUCUUUCCUGUCCUGAUCUAAGAGACUGAGUUGGGAGGGGGCGAGUUAAGGCCUUAUUAUUAUGAGAUUGGGUUUUUUUUUUUUUUUAGUGUCAAAUGGAUUUGACUGAGUUCAAGGGAGAAGGGGUCACUGUACUUAACUGUAGUCACUUUUACUUAUAAAGUAAUUUUUCCCCUCAGUGAUGGACAGAUGUGCACACAGCCACUCCGAGACCAUCAUUUGGAUUGGGAGCUCAGGGUCCCAGUCUCCCUUGUUAGUGUUUUGGAUCAUUAAGUUGGUGUUUAUUUAAGUCACUAGGGUGUUUAUUCUCCACGUCUUGGGCCAUGGAGAAAUGCCACCCUCUGCAGGAGGGGCUCUCACAGGGGAUCUCCUCACAUUCUUCACAUUCACUCCCCAAAACAAACACCUUGCACAAAGAUAGCUUUCAAUGACCCUGACAGGCUUCAAAGGACACCGCGGAAAUCUCCCUGGAAAAUAAGGAAGGGCCAAUUACUUUAAUUUCUUACAUGCCCUCUCUUCCUACUCCGAUGACUACCCCCCACUCUUCCAGCUCUGCUUAGUAUAAUUUUAGGGUCGUGGAAGUUCUGUCUCCUUGGGCACCCGAGCCCACUUCCUGCUCCCUUGCUUGGUGAAUCUUGGAAAUGUCUGCAGAUCUGGUGAGGAGCAGAGCGGGCCGGUCCUGUAAAAGCCCCUGUGAUUACUGCUUGUAAACUCGUUAAAAGGACAACUUUCUGUCACAGUCAUAAACUCUUUGUAAAAUCCCUGGCACUCGAUCCAGAGCGCGCAUAUUCCAGAUGUGUUUAAUAAGAAAUUGCACAAUACGCCUCCCUCCGUCACCCUCGGCUCAGUCUGGCUAAACCAGGGAGAAGCAGGAGGAGGACAGAAAGCUGGAUAUUGCUUUGGGUUUUCUUGGCAAUCAUUUUAGAGAGAUCAUUAGGGGGAACUAACCAUAUAUAUAUAUUUUUUUCCCCUGGAGGAAAUCUUGGAGGACCAGCUAUUAAGGGACCUCCAAUUUACCUUCUCGGGUCGCAGUUUAACUGAAUCAAAAGCCAUUUUUCCUUUCUCCUCUACAGAUUUCAUAACGAUAGCCAAAAGUAAUGAACAACUGCUUAUAAAUAAAGUGUUUUUAGGAUGAAACCUUACAGUAUUUUGCCAAGUAAGAUGAAAA